AACACUGAAUUAACCAUUCUCUGGGUUCCAGAUUCUAUCUACGUGUUUCAUCCCGACCUUUGUAUUAUGGAUUUUGAAGCAAACAUUGUGCGGACUAAAUUAUAUAAAACACUACAACACUUUGUUAUCACCAAUAAGUUUAUUAUUCUUUGCAGAGGUAAACCCAUUCAUUCUCGACAACAAAGCAGAUUUAUGGAUGAAAACGGUGUCCCUAUUCCAAUAUUGCCAUAUGCCAAAAGCGACGAAAACGAAACGAACGCCUGGAAACGAGGAUAA